GCUCGGCGCCCCUGCAGCGGGGCCGGGAUCUCUCCCUCCCCCCGCCCGCCGCUGGGGUCCGGCCCCGGGGCCCGCUAGGUGGCUCGGGCGGGCUAGGGAAGCCGGGGGCGGAGGGAUUCCCCGGCCGGCGCUGGCUCUCUGAAGCAAUCCUCCCCGGGGCGCCGGGACUGGGCGGCCGGCCCCAGCCUCCGCCGGGCCGGCCCCAGGAUUUCGUCACCCGGGACUCCAAGUCCGCAGUUUCCGCCCCGGCAGGGUAUAAAGGGCGAGACGGCUGCGGCCGGGGCUGCAACCAGCCUGUCGCUGCCGCCGGAGCCGGCUGCUGUCCCCGUGAGCUCAGCGGCGCCCCCGUGCAGAGCCAGCCCGGGAUCCGGAGCGCUGCGGGAUGGACGCCGGCGGCUGCCCGAGGAUGCGGAGCGCGCUGCUUUGCCUGGGCUUUUAUCUAUUGCAAGCUGUCUUUGGGACAACAGUGAUCCCAUUAUGUGAACCAAAUGAAAUGGAAAACUGUACAACAGCACUGAUUCAGACGGAGAAUAGCCCGCGGGUGGCUCAAGUCGCGAUAACCAAAUGCAAGCCUGAAAUGCAAGACUACUGCUUCCAUGGGCAGUGCGUGUACGUUGUGGAUUUAGAUGACCAUUACUGUAGGUGUGAUGUAGGCUUCUCCGGGGUCCGAUGUGUGCAUUCGGAACUUGUCACACAGCACCUGAACAAAGAAUAUUUGGCACUGACCAUUAUUUUAAGCCUAUUUUUCCUCAUUUCAAUUUUGGUUGCCACAUACUACUUCUACAAAUGGUACCAAAACAAGAAGGAGAGGCAAGCCAACAACCAAGAAUACAAGGAGGUUGAUGUCCAUGAGAAGAACCCAGCGCUGCUUCCCCAGUGAAGGGGGAGAGAAACACACACACACACACACAGACCAAGAAUUUGUCAGCUCGCAGCUAUUUAAUAUUAACCUUAUUUUAUUAAUAUUUAUAUGUUCUAAACAAAACAAUUUAAAUUUGUAUUGAUCAGAAUCAAUAUACAGGUCAAAAAUGGACUUUUUUUAAGUAUAAAUAUUUUCUUUUUAUUUUUAAUGUUUUUAUUUUUAUUUUUUUUAUUUUAUUGUUGAAUAUUUAAUACUAUGCAAUGUGGAGAGAAAAAAUCCUGCCUCUGUAGGAUUAUAUAUAGAUAUAUAUUUUUGUAAGAAAUGUAAGCUUUUUGCCAGUAAUAGCUGGUCUACCAAAAUACUUUGUUUUUAAAAAAAAAAAAACAGCACAAUUUUGUAUUUGUUCAUGUGAACAUAAUGAAUGUACUUCUGCUUCUUAAAAUUAAAUCUUCUAAAUUGGGUUGAAUGAAUAUGGUGUAUCUCCUGUUGUAUACUGUUGUAACAACAGCAGGCAGUUUACCUGAUCCAUGCACUAGCCUUCAGAGAAGUUUCAGAUAAUCAGACAUGAACACAUGGAAAGUACCUCUGGCCCUGUGAAAUGUUGCUCCUCUAAUCAGACAGAUGUUGAUUGCUAGUUUGUAGUUUUGGGGGGGAGGGUGUAUUGUCAUAUAUUUGUAUCAUGUUAUGUUUCAUACCUAUGCAGGGGGGGUUUCACGAAAACUAAACUGAUGUCUAAUAUUCA